AUGUCGUCAAAACCCCAAGUCGUCCUCGUAGUCGGCGGAACCUCCGGAAUUGGCUAUGCAAUAACCCAGGCCAUUCUCUCUGCGCCCUAUCUGCCCCUCAACACCAAAGUAAUCGCCUUUGGCCUCAUCGACUCGAGCAUAAAACUCGAGUUCAGCAAACUGCAGAGAGAGCGGCUGCGCAUCGUCGAGGGCGAUGUCACGCUCGAGGAGGACCGAGAACUCGCAGUGCGAACCUGCUUCAAUGUGUUUGGCGGCCUCGACACACUGGUCUACUGCGCGGGCAUCAUUACGCCGAUCCAGAGGCUAGAUAAGCUAGACAUCGAAGCUGCAAAGAGGACGUUUGAUGUUAAUGUUUUUGGGGCCAUGAGCAUGGUCCAACUUGCUCUACCGCAUCUCCGUGCUUCGAGAGCUUCCCACCCACAUAACUAUGGGCGCGGCAAGGUUAUUAUUCUCUCCUCGGCCUGCGAUAGCACCGUGUCGUAUCAUGGCUGGAUGCCCUAUAGCAUGGCUAAAGCUGCGCUCACCCGCUUCAUUUCGUGUCUUGCUCACGAAGAGCCGCUGCUCAGCGUCCAAGGUGUGUAUCCGAGGUUGACGCGGACCAAGAUGAUUGAUGGGCUGGUCGAAGGCAAGUAUAAUGGGGUAAUGGCGGUCCAUGAGAUUGAAAGAUUUAGGAUCUGGGAUGAUGCAGGUGAGGGGAUGAUUGAGCCGCCAGAGCUGUGCGGCGAUGCUGUGGCCAAGUUGGCGCUUGGGUUGUAUGAGGGCGGUAGGAGUGGGGAGACGCUGUAUUAUGAUGAGCAUGUUCCGAACAAGAUUCCGAGAACUUGAAAGCUGGAGGGGGUUGGAUAAGGUAAUGAUUUCUAACUUCUUAAUAAGGGUUCUGUUGUUAUGAUACGAGAUAGGAAACGAUAGUUGUAUGAUUGAGUCUGG